GGCAUACUGUAUGGCGCACAAGGGCAGGCCGACGUCCGACGUCUCCUACAACCCGGCGGAUCCACCCGAGGCGUACAGCAACCCGAGCGUCCACACGCGCAUCACUGAGUACACGGAGAUGGGAAAGGCGCUCCAUGGGGACACAUGGGAUCCGGCCACCCAGCCCCUUUCUGGAGAAGCCAUCAUGAGGGCAGGAGGAGGGAAGAAGCACGGUCGUUACUGGAUCACCAACAGCCUUGUCGACACAGCCAGUACGCCGACUCUCUCCCAGCUUCGGGCAAGGACCACCGACUCGACCCCGCCAAUACGCCCACGGCCUGAGACUUCAGUGGCCAGCGUGCGUGCAAUCCAGGUCCGGAUGGACGAAGAGACGAAGAGGCGGGAGGAGAUCGAGGCGAGGCCGGAGGAGGAGCGGAUGCUAAGGCAGGAGCAAGAGCGCAGGUGGCAGGAAGAGCGGAUGCAGGAGCGGCAGAGGAUGGAGAAAGCGCUUCUUGCUGAGCGAGAGGCCGCGCAACAACAGAUGCAGACCAUGUUCUCAUACCUCCAAGGCCUUGGCGCGACAAUCAACUAUCAACCGCCGCCAACGAUGCCCUGGCCUCCACCACCGCUGCCACCGCUAGGCCUUCCUUCUAUCUUUCCUCCAUCUGGCGCUACAAGCACUCCUGUGAGUAUGAUACAUAGAUUUACUUUGCUUGCACAUACAUAUUCAAAUUUUGAGAUACUUUAUGUCAAUAUAUCAUGUGCUAUAUCUGAAAGAACAUCUAGACUCACUUAGUGGUUGGUUGAUUAAUGACAUAUGCUUUAAUAAGAAUGAUUAGAAGGUAUCACAGCUGAUAUAUACAUGAGCUAAGUCAAGGAUAUGAAAGUUGAAAAGCGGCUAUUCAUUUAAUAUUUUAUCUUUUCAAAUUGAGUUUAGGAAUGUCAUACUAUCAAGAGGGACAUGAACUCUUACAAUUUUCUCAAGAUGUA